ACUCCCCCUCCCCGUCCAUCGAUCUCCGUCUCCGACCAACUAGCUAGCUAGCUUGCUUUAGAACUUUUGCUAGCUAUAGCCAUGAGCGGCGCCGCCCAAGAAACCACCACGACCGCCGCUGCCGGUUCCGUAGGGCCGCACCGGCGGGCGAGGAUGAAGCUGCUGUACCACCACGCGGUGUCCAACGCGCUGUACCUCGUGCUGGCGCCCGUGGCGGCGGCGGUGGCGCUGCGGGCGUCGCGGGUGACGGCGGCCGACCUCGCCGCGGCGCGGGAGCACCUGGCGGCGAACCUCCCCCUCGCCGUCGCGCUCCUGGGCGUGGCUGCGGUCCUCGCCACCGUGUACCUGAUCCGGCGGCCGCGGCCGGUGUACCUGCUCGACUUCGCGUGCUACAAGCCCGGGGGGGAGCACGUGGUGACGCGGGAGACGUUCAUGGCACAGUCGAUGAAGGCCGGCGCGUUCACCGACGACAACCUGGCGUUCCAGCGGAAGAUCCUGGAGCGGUCAGGGCUGGGGCAGGGGACGUACUUCCCGGCGGCGGUGCUCAACUCGCCGCCGAACCCGUGCAUGGCGGAGGCGCGGCGCGAGGCCGAGCAGGUCAUGUUCGGCGCCAUCGACGGCGUGCUCGCCAAGACCGGCGUCCGCGCCAGGGACAUCGGCGUCGUCGUCGUCAACUGCAGCCUCUUCAACCCGACGCCGUCGCUGUCCGCCAUGAUCGUCAACCACUACAAGCUCCGCGGCAACGUCGCCACCUACAACCUCGGGGGCAUGGGCUGCAGCGCCGGCCUCAUCUCCAUCGACCUCGCCAAGCAGCUGCUCCAGGUGCAUCGGAAUUCGUACGCGUUGGUGGUGAGCAUGGAGAACAUCACGCUGAACUGGUACUGGGGGAACAACCGGUCGAUGCUGGUGUCGAACUGCCUGUUCCGGAUGGGCGGUGCGGCGAUCCUGCUCAGCAACCGCGGCGGCGACCGGCGGCGGGCCAAGUACCAGCUGCUGCACACGGUGCGGACCCACCACGGCGCCGACGACAGGGCGUACCGAUGCGUGUUCCAGGAGGAGGACGACUCCGGCACGGUCGGGGUGGCCCUGUCCAAGGAUCUCAUGGCCGUCGCCGGCGAGGCGCUGCGGACGAACAUCACCACGCUGGGGCCCCUCGUCCUCCCCAUGUCGGAGCAGAUCCUCUUCCUGGCGUCGCUGGUGGCGCGCAAGGUGUUCGGCCUCGCCGGCGUCAAGCCCUACAUCCCGGACUUCAAGAUGGCGUUCGAGCACUUCUGCAUCCACGCCGGCGGCCGCGCCGUGCUGGACACCAUCGAGAAGAACCUCGCCCUCACCGGCUGGCACAUGGAGCCGUCGCGGAUGACGCUGUACCGGUGGGGGAACACCUCGAGCAGCUCCCUCUGGUACGAGCUCGCCUACGCCGAGGCCAAGGGCCGCGUCCGCCGCGGCCACCGCGCCUGGCAGAUCGCCUUCGGCUCCGGCUUCAAGUGCAACAGCGCCGUCUGGAAGGCGCUCCGCACCAUCGCGCCCGCCGCCGACGACCGCAACCCGUGGGCGGACGAGAUCCACAACUUCCCCGUCGAGGUGCCCAAGGUGGAGACCGUCGCCGCCUCGUCGUGAGCUCGCCGCCGCCGCCGCCGCCGGCGACGACGAAGACGAGGAGGACACGUAUUCUUGGUGGUUCUUUGGCUCCGCUGUUUGACAUGUUUAUUAGUUUCUCUCUUGUUUAUUUUUCCCUUUUUCUUUUUCUAUUUUCUCUUGGGAAUUUGAAGUACAUACCAUCAAAUUCAAAUUUAUUAAUGUACGCUUUUAACGUCAGGGAAUUUGUAAACAUUAUAUUCAAAUUUGAUGAUGGUUUAAACUAAGGUUACUUGGUUUGGAA